AGCGAUCCAUAAUUCAGAGGGCCGGCUGAUGUCACCUGGCGGCUAUAAACCCCGCGGCGCCCCGCCUGCUCUCAGAACCCUUCGCCGAGCAUCGCCUGGACCUCGCCGCCUCCCCCCUUCGCCGCUACCACCCUCAGCCACCUCGCCGACACUCCGGGACCAUGACCAGCGCCUGCAUGCUCCUCCUGGCCGCCGGCUGCUGCUGGGCCUCCCUGCUGGGGGCCCGCGGGGACGAGGCCUCCUUCGAGACCCGCGCCCUGGACUACCCCUCCAAGACCCAGGAGGAGAAGGAGCUGAUUGAAGCUUUGCAAGAGGUUCUGGAGAAACUCCGCAGCAAAGAGAUGCCUUCAGAGAAGAAGCUGGGCUGGCUCCCUUCGUGUGCCGCAGGGGAGCCAUGCGCCGUGCGUAAAGGUGCUCGAAUCGGCACGCUGUGCGGGUGCCCGCGGGGGACCGCAUGCAACUUCUACGUCCUCAAGUGUUUGUGAAAGAAGAAAUUAAAAAUAAAUUAAAAAAAACACCAGGAAGCGUCUGAAAAACGAAUUUCUAUGAAAUAGUUUCAUUUAAGUGCUUUAUGUGAUCUUGUUUAUUUUGGAAAAUAAUU